AUAGUCAAGUUGGUAUUAUCAUCAGUUUGGAAUGCUGUUUUGAUUUUUGUGUUUAUAUAUAGGUAUAUAGGAUUCAAUGUUCAAAACACCAUGCGCUCGACGUUCGACUUUUGUUUCUUUCGCACGUUUGCACUCUUGUUCAGCUUCAAUCGGUCAUUGGCGUCAAACGGUCAUGUAUGUUGUCAUGUAUACGAGCAGUUUUUAUUAUAACUUAAAGUCCUACACAUUCUCUAUUCUGUGUUUUUCUUUCGCUCAUAGAUAAGAAAUUGAAGAUAUAUACUUAUGCAGCUUUGAAGAAGAAAGUUUGAAGCAAGCUGCACGAUGUCUCAACGUUAUAGAAUGUACGUAAGUAAUAAUGUCUCCGAGGACGAAUACGAAUUCACCAAUGAUUUUCACAAGGUUUAUAUGUAUAUGCAAUUACAUCUUUUUUUGUACAUUACCUUUGAUAUAAAUAAUAGAGUUUGUUGGUGUAUGAAUCAGAGCAUUUCUAACGGCCAAGAGAAAAAUUUCGUUAGUUCGGCGCUGAGCGCUCACGUUGUCCUCUCGAUGUGCGCGUAUGGUGCUAAGGAAAAGACUGCCGAGGAAAUGAAAAGCGCUCUCCAUCUACCUGCCAGCAUUUACUGGGAAAGCUUCAAGUACUUGCUUAAAACGAUGGAUGUAAGUAGUAUAGAUGAAAGAAGCAAUGAAAUCAAAGAUAGAAUGUUUUUGAAAAGUGAAAGUGAAAUCGGGAUUGCAAAUAAACUUCUAAUUGACAAGAAUAUUGUUGUAAGAGAUAGUUACAAAGAAGCUAUGGAAUCAAUUUUCCAUUCUGAAAUCACAGAAGUGGAUUUUGUUAAUGACGGAAGAAAUGUAAUAAGAUAUGUGAACAAUUGGUGUGCAAAGACGACAUGUGACAAAAUAAGAGAGAUAUUACCACCAAAAAAACCAAUUGAACCUACAACAAAGUUGAUGCUGCUAAACGUCAUAUAUUUUAAGGCCUAUUGGCAACAUAAGUUUAAUCCAGCUUUAACAAGCAUGGAUGAAUUUCAUAUUGACGCAGAAAAAACAAUGCAGGUUCAUAUGACUGAAAAAAAUGCAUUUCAUAGAACUAAAUGCUGUAGAUGCAAUUCCAAUUUCUUAAAUUAUAAAGAAGAUUUCAAGAUUGAUAGUUCUAAAGACUAUACCACGGGUUACAUGCAUACUAAUAAGAACAUUUUUUAUGUAAAUCUUAGUCUUCCAAAGUUUACAAUUGAAACUACUAUAGAUUUGCAAAAGAAUCUCAUAAAACUGGGUAUGCCUACAAUGUUUACUGAUAAAGCAAAUUUCAAAGAUAUAUCGAUUAAACCAGUGCUUGUUCCACGUUUGCAUGUUUCUGAAGUUAUUCAGAAAGCUUUCAUCGUAGUUAAUGAAGAAGGAACAGAAGCUGUAGCAGUCACACGUUUAACUGUAACAGGUGGUGGUUCAGUGGAAAUUCGGGAAUUUAAAAUUGACAGACCAUUUCUGUACCGAAUAGUUCACAAAAGUACCAAUGUAACGCUUUUUAGCAGAUGCGUUUAUAGACCGAAGUAUUAAUUAUGUUAAUUUUCAUACUUAGAUAAGCAUUCAAACAUUGAGAACGCUUAUUUUAUGAAUUGAUAUGUAUAAUUGAUCAUAAAACUUAUUUGAUCAUAUCUUGGUUGCGAAAAAGCGAUUUAUCUAAAGUAUAGGACUGUGAAGUUAGACUGUGUAGUCUCUAACUGUUGAAAAAUGUAAAAAUAAUUUUAAUAAUUUAGAUACAACAAUAUGUAUAAUUAUUAUAAUUUUAAUUCUUAUAAAAGUAAAGGGGAUUUUAAGAAUUAUUAAAAAUGCAAUAACUUUUACAGGUAUAUAUAUUUUAAUAUAAAAGCAUUUAUUAAAAUUAGCAUAGUGAUAGGCAACAUAAGUAAAAUGUUUGGCUAUUCACGUCAUGUUAGUAAUAGUCUUGACAAUUACAUUUAGUCGCGUUUUAACUGUAUGGUUCUUACAAUUACAUUGUGACUGUAUAUUUCUUAAUCUGUACAAAUCAUACAGCAUUUUUUACUUGUUUAAUAAAUGACAAAUCAUUUAUAAAUAUGUACAUGUGUGUGCCCAUUUAAUGAAAAAUAAAAUCUUAUGUAAUUUAUUACUUUUCUAACAUUUAUUAAUGUAUAGAUUAUCUAGUAUUAAAUUUGACGUUUAUUUUUGUUGGGCAACAAAUUUAUAUUCUAUUCCACAAAAAGAAACUAUUAUGACUUUUAUUUAUUGGACUAGGUUUUAUAUCUAUGAAUUACGUUAUUACGAGACGAUGUGAUAUCGUUCGUUCGAACGGGAAUAAUCGUUAAAUUUUCAUAUCAUAUUUUCCAUGAUUAAAUCCAUUCAUACAUUUAAUUAAGCG